AUGGUGGCCACGGGAAUGGUUCUCCUCGUGAUGGGCCAAUCCAUCGGCGCCGUCUCCACCUUCGUCGCUCUGGCGAUAGUAUGUAAGAUAGCAGAACUCCUCAGACCCAGUAGUUGCACCCAAAACGACUGGUCGAUUUUGAAGCACCUCACACUCUUGUCAAUGACAUCAUCGAAUCAACACCCAAAAACUAAGACAAUGAUUCUACUUUUCGUCAUGAUGUACAUGGUCGUGUUAAUCAUGGUGGCCACGGGAAUGGUUCUCCUCGUGAUGGGCCAAUCCAUCGGCGCCGUCUCCACCUUCGUCGCUCUGGGCCUCGUGUCCUUCGCGAUGGUCUCGGCCCUGCAGUUCCGGUCGUGGGUCCUGACGUCGUACGGCACCCCCCCUCCCUCGCCGAGCGCCCUCGACCCCCCGCCAGGCGCCUUCGACCCCCCGCCGGCCUACAGGGCGUCCUGGCGGCGGUCGUUCAGGCGGUACCUCGACACCCGCAGAUCCAGGAGAGCGCCGAAUCGAACGCCGUCGGCGGGCGUGGGCGUAAGGGGCGACGAGGCAGACGGGCGUACUGUCCUCUCUGUUGCUAAUAAGGACGAAGAAAGCCCGCCCUCCUACGAGGAGGCUUUGAGGAACAGUGUUGAAAAUCUUUCAUGACGUACUAUGAAAUGUUCGCAAAAACCUUAUUUAUUAAUUGACUUUUGUACAAUUAUAUGUAUAUGGAUUUGCUUGUAUGUAUCAUUUUUGCUUGUGACAAUUUAUACUGCCUGUGUACCUUGUAUCUUCUAAAUGUAUUUCUUACAAAUAGAAGCAAAUAAAUGUAUAUAUUCCUAAAAGUAGCUUAUCAAUAAUAAUAAAAAAAAAAAAAAAAAAAAACGGAAAACCCCACCGAAUAAAACCUAUCUCGUCUAACGGCUCAGGCAACAAAAGAACAACGGAAGGAGAGAACACCAAAGAAUACCUAUAAAUGAACAGUCGCUGGGAGAGGAAGCGCCUUUUAAUGUCCGCGUCUGACGGCCGGAGAACGAGCGAGAAUCCCGACAGAUACACGAAGCCAAUUCAGUGAACAAGCGCUUUUUGAAAAGCCACGAAAGCAAUCUGGCGGCGAACUGACGUGGCCUAUAAAGAAAGUAGCCUUAUAUUUUUGCGAAGGAAAAGUGGCACGAUAUCCCGAAAGUCUAGAGAGA